GCGCAGGCAGCGGCCCCUUUAUAAGCCACUGCGGUCGGACCCCAGCCGAGCGCUGUGCGCGCCCCCGAGAUGCCCCCGGCGCGCGCGCUAGGAAGCAGCUCUAGGAUGAGGACAGCCUGGCUCUGGGCCUGGGGGCUGCUGCUGUCGGGGGCCGGGGCGCCAGGCCCCCCGGACACUUCUGCGCCCCCGUCCGCACCCCCGGGACCCCCGUCCGCGCCCCCGGGGCUCCCCACGGCUGUGCGGGGGGCGCUGGCCGAGCUGGCCGCCCUGCCCUGCCUGGUGACCCUGCGGCCCGGGCCCACGGGGGACCCCCCGCGCGUCAAGUGGACGCGGGUGCGGGCGGCCAGCGGCAGGCAGCUGGACGCGUCGUCGCUGCUGGUGGCCCAGGGCCGGGCCUUGCGGGUGGCUCCUGCCUGGAGGGGCCGCGUGUCCCUGCCCGCCUUCCUGCGACAUCCACACAACGCCACGCUGCUGCUCGGGCCGCUGCGCUCCAGCGACGCUGGGCUCUACCGCUGCCAGGCUGUCCGGGGCCUGGCCGACCAGCAGCGCCUGGUGGCCCUGGAGGUGGCAGCCCAGGCGGCUCACCAGAACCACAGAAAUGGAGGCACUGGGGGCCGGAAGCAGGCUCAGCUGGGAGCCCCCAGGCAUAAGGCGUGGGUCUGA